CUUCGCAAAGACUGCCAUGGAGAUUUCCUGACAAACCCUCCAGCCUCUCUAUUAGCCUCUAUUAGCCGCAUUCAAGCCCCGCCACCAGCCACCGUGAGCCAAGAUACCGAGACCGGGUGCCUGUAGGGACCCUGCCGCAUUUUCAUUUUGUCCAUCCAGAUCAAUCUACCCGUAAAUUUCUUAUUUCAACCUCACGCUAAAGCCUCCCAAACAAUUUAUUACCCCUCCACAGAGCAAUACAGAAGGAGGAUGAUUGCAGCAAGGCAAAUCUCUAGAUGCGCUAAUUGCCGUGUAUCGAUCCUUGGUUCGCUUAUUUCGACAUGCGCGACACGGGUACGGCUCCCUGUGCCGGUGGGGAGGGGUCGUUUACGGACUGAAAUGUUUGGUGGGGGAAGAGCAUUUCGAGUUUCAGUGGAAACCUCCGGACCCCCGGUGUCAACCACUCUAGCGCCCCCAGUGCCCCCGGAAACCUGCGACUCGAAGGAAGGAUCAUCGCCCUGGUAUCUCCGUGUCAAGACCCCGAUAUUGAGAUUUCACCCUCUGGCCGAGCGACAGGCGCUUCCGGCCCUUCCGGAGGAUCCCCCUCCUGCUUUGCAGGCUGUGCUCGACCAAUUGUCGGUAGAGGAGGGUAUUGAUUAUUUGAAAGUCCUGGACCUCAGAGCUCUGGACCCCGCUCCAGCACUCGGCGAGAAUAUUGUCAUGGUUAUUGGCACCGCCCGCUCAGGACGGCAGUUACAUAUGUGCUCAGAAAGAAUGUGCAAGUGGUUAAGGAAGGAGUUUAACAUGAGGCCGUUCGCGGAUGGGUUGGUUGGUCGGGGGGAAUUAAAACUGCAACAAAAGAGGGCGAGAAGGCGGGGGAAACUGACCACUGCUGAAUCGGGUAUUGAAGAAGCUGCAGGAUGGGUAUGUAUUACUACCGGUGGCCAAGGGCUCGUGAUACAACUUUUCACGCAGGAUAAGAGGGAAGAGAUUGAUUUAGAGUCAUUGUGGGGUAAAGAGCUAGAGAGGGAUGCUAAAAAAAAGGAGGCCGAGAAGAGGAUUGUCGAAGGGAAGGAACAGGGGACGUUUGGGGCUUUUGGGAGAGGAUUGUCUACGGGGUUUCCCAUACCAGGGACUCCAAGGCUCCAAGCUAGAUCUUUCCACUCGCCAUCCCAAAAGCCAUCGCAGGUGGUCACAGGGUUCUCAGCUGGGAACCUGGUCCGGUUUGCGGAAGAAGGCAUUAGCGUCGACACACACGUCAAGAAAGGACAUUACUGGAGGUUAGUCACUCGAGUCUCCGAAGCUUUUGACCCGGACGCAGAUCUUAAGAAUGCAGCAUACCUCAUGGAGGCCCACAUAAACCACCUACGAAAAAAGUUCCGUGGGAACAAUUACUCCGGAAAAUUAACGAAGGGAUGUAAACUCCUCGGCCAAGGCAUAGAAGAUCGAACAUCAACUGAAUUCCUACAAUCCUACUUCAGAUACCUCCCCAAGCACCCGGCCCCCACGCACCUCCGCCUCCAUCUCGAAUUUCUCAUCGAAACCAAUCGAAUAAGCCCUGAAAAGUACCCUCUCUCUAAGGUCACAACCUUCCUAAAAGCCUUCCCGGCGCCUAUCCCAGCGGAGCUCUACUACCUCUGCAUGCGUGCAAUUGCCGACUCACCAGAGCAUCGCUCUUACAAACUCCCAGCCUCAGAAGCUGCAACGCUACGUCUAUCCCUAAUCCAGGACCUAGCAGAGCACUUUGAUCCAACCUCAACACUAUCGCGUAAUAUCCCGGAAUUCCAAUUCUGUAGAUUUCGUGCACUCGCCCCCGACAACGCCAUCGCGCUGAUACUCCUUGCCGCGAAGACUGUCUGUUCGACGAAGCGUGCAGAAGCGGGUAAAGAAGCCGACGGCGCCAUCAAAAAAUUCAACAUCCGCGUCGGCACCUACGCCCUCGACCCACGACUAGUAAGAGUCGAGCGCGAGAGCAUCGAGCAGAUGUGCCACUCCUACGCCAUCCGCGAUUAUUACGAGCAAGCCAUGGCUGCGUACGUCGCCGCGGACCACUGGACUGCUCUGUGGAAUCGUUGGAAGAGCUUGAAGUACAUGUCUAUCAGACGGGAUCAGGCUUUCUACGAGCUGCUCAUCGGGCUGGUGGUCUUGGGCGCGAAGCAGAAGGAGGGGGUGUAUGCUGCUAGGCAUAUCUGGAAUGAUAUGGGGAGAGAGACGCCUAAGGUUUUGAUGACUGCUGGGAUUGCGAAGGGACUUUUGGCGGUCAUUCGGCUUGCCGAGAGAGAUUCUAGUGCUAGUGGGGAGUUUGCGGAGUUGAAGGCGAGGUGUGAUGGGUAUUUGGAGCGGUGGCAUAAGUGGCGGGUGGAGAACGGGUUGGUAGAGGAGGAGGAUGCAGCUGCUACUAUUGCGAAAGAGGGAAAGUCUAGGGAGGAGAAUGGGGGUGUGAUUGCAUAA